CUUCUAUCUUUACAUAAAUACAUUCUAUCACAUAGUUUGAUAUUCAUUCGAAAUAAAAGGGAACUAGACAAAAUGACAACUGUGAACAGUUCGUUAAUUAAAACUACUGCUCCUUGUAAUCAUGACAUUUCUCAUUUGCAAUCAUUCAUCAUUCAAUAAACUAACUGUACAAAAGACAUACAAUUCUCACUUGUAGUUAAUUAAUUUUUCAAUUAUCUAAUAUGAAAUAUUGUAUUAGUUAUUCAUAAUAAAAAAAAUGUCGAAUUAUACUAAUUUAUAUUUAAUUACGCAUACAAUUACAACAACAACCACGACAAUCAUCAAGACCACCACAGAGAAUAUUACUAAUACACAUAUAAAUACUACUCAUUACAUUCCUAUUAUAUCAUCACCAUCAACAUCAACAUCAUCUAAAGAAAAUGAUUUAGAUUUAGCUUAUUUAAAUCAAAUUUUAAAUACAAUGCGUCUUAUUUGUGGUAAAAUCUUGACACCAUUUCUAUGUAUCAUUGGUUUUAUAGCUAAUAUUAUUAAUAUUAUUAUAUUGACAAGAGAAUGGAUGAGUUCAUCGACUAAUAUUUAUUUAACUGCUGUAUCAAUAUGUGAUUUAUUUUAUUUAUUAUUUACAUAUUUAUUCUCUCUAUGGUUAUAUCCAUCAGUGAAAGAAUGUGCACCAUUCGCAUAUAGUAUUACAUUUAUACAUGGUACAGCUAAUCUAUUCAGUAAUACAACGACAUGGCUUACAGUCGGUUUCACAUUAGAACGUUAUAUUGCUAUAUCAUUACCAAUGCUUGGUAGACGAUUAUGUACUAAACAGCGGGCACGUUAUGUUGUUAUUGGUAUAUUUAUUAGUAGUUUCACAUUAACUUUACCGGAUUAUUUAAAAAAAACUGUACAAUACACUGAACAACAUAUUGAUCAACAAACGAAUUUAACAAGGAAUCGACAAUAUCUCGUUGUGGAUACACAAUUCAAUCAAAUUUUAACUAGAAUUGGUUAUGAUUAUAUUAAUCAAACAGUAUUUGUGAUAUUGCCAAUGAUUUUGCUGAUUAUUUUUAAUAGUUUAUUAAUACGUUCAGUGAUGCGAGCGAAUCAUGAUAGAAAAAUUUUAACGAAACGUCAUAGUACUACUACUAAUACUACUAAUAGUAAUGUGACAUCGUUAAAAAUGGGGAAUUUGUUAAGUAACAGUAGUACAAAUAUCAAUAAUAUGCAAACUAUAAAUAAUGGUCGUAAUUAUAGUGCCAAUCAAUUAAAUCAAGAACCAACUACAAGUCAAAUGGUACCAGCUAUUGUACGUGAAGCAUUGGAAGCUAGUAUGAGAACCACGAUUGGUAUUACCUCGGGUAUAACUCAAUCAUAUCGACCAAUGAAUUAUCAAACUGGUUUGCUACCAUUAAUGAAUAUGAAACGUACAAAACUAGGCGAACAACAUCGUAUCACAUUGAUGUUAAUUUCUAUUGUGAUGGCAUUUGUUAUAUUACAAUUACCAAGUAUGGUGCCGACAAUUACAAUUAAUUUAUGGAAUGCAGGUAUUGUACAAUCAACACAAUAUACAACAAAGUGCCUAUUAAUUUAUGCAAAUAUUUCAAAUGUUUUAUUAAUUAUUAAUGCUGCUUUAAAUUUUGUAUUUUAUUCAUUAUUCUCAGCGAGAUUUCGUCAAACAUGUUAUAUACUACUGAAAAAUGUUACAUGUUUAAAACAUUUUUUAUAUCGAUAAUUCAUAAACCGUAUAUAUCCAUACAUAUAUAUACAUAUUUAUACUACUAACAAUACUAAAUAUUAAUACUACUGAUGAGAAUAUAUAUUCAUUUAUUUAUUGACAAAAUGACAGAUCAUUUCGAAAACAGACGUAUUAAAAUGUCACUGAUAUAAAACACUGUUAGCACAAUCAAUGAUGUUGGCAAAAAUAUAGGCGGAACUUGACUGAUCAAUCCUUUGAGUACAAUACAUACAAUGUUAGAAACGUUUCCCUAUUUUUGCUUUCAAAAAAAGACUGACAUGUAUACAUACAAUGUGGUUAGUUUGCUAUGCGAGGAUGUACACUAUCUCAAGAUGGUACAUCAGUUGAAAGCACUGAAAUGAAACUAAUCGACGUAUCAAUAUCAGUGGAUCGAUAUCAAUGUGAUCUUCCCCAUAAAAUUUAAAUCAUCAUUAAAGUAAUCAGAUAUAUAUAUAUGUAUGUAAUUACUAUGUAAAUUAUACAACUUAUAACUUUGUAUGUAUAUAUAUAUAUAUAUCGAUAUAUUUAUGCAUGAAAAGUAUUAUAGAUGGGCUUCAUAGCUUAUAAUUAUUCAAUCUACCCCUAGUAGAACUAAUUAACUAAUUAUUGAUAAACAAUGACAAGUAUGUUUCUUGUAAAAAAAAUAAAAACGUAACCGUUUUCAUUUACAAAUAUGAUUGUUCACUCAAGCAAUAUUCAUAUAAAACUAAUAAGAAUAACA